CCCUUCGACGCAGUUGACACGAAUCGCGCGCGACUCGCGUCCACCGAGCAGGAAACUCAAUCCAGAGACACUCAGCAGGAGCUGGCCAAGAUUUCAAGCUAGUAGGACAUCGGACAGAACAAGUAUUCUGGCUGCAAAAGUGAGCCUAAAGUGCGUGAUUAAAAGUGCUAGUGCAGAGUGGAAUAUACAGAGCAAAGCCCAAAAAAGCUAACUGAAAACAGGAAAUAAAAAGUCCAUAAAAAACACCAUUAAGUGGCCAAAGUUACGGAUAAACAAAGACACCUAACGAUCGUUCAUUCAGGCCCAGAUAGCCCUGGAAGCUGGAAAACUCAUCCGAGGCGGAGGGAAAACAUACAAUAUUAAUUAGUCGGCUGGCAGGAGCAAUAAAAAUUAAUUAGAAAAUAUUUCAAACUGCCGCAAUUUGUCAAGGGAAAGUGCACAAAAGCCGGCUCCAUAGAAGAGCCUGCGGUCUCUCGCUCAAUUUGUAAUUAGAGAGAACCCACAAAAAUAAAAAACAAAAAAAUAGAAAAUAAAAAACGUGGAAAAUAGCUGCAAAAGCUGGAUAUUCGCACAGAGAGCGACAAAGCGACUAUGCAAAGUAUGUUGGCGGCCAACCAAAUGAAAACUUAAAGCGAACAAAACCCAGCCCAGCCAUAAUAGCUCCACAGCAACUCCAGUAAAUUGAAUAACAACAAAAAGCGGAAAACGCCGACUCGAAACCACCGCACCGCUACGUUGCGCGGUGGAACAAUGAAAAUAAUUUCGCAUAGCAUACGUUCAGGCGACGUCGGAGUUCCUGCCUUUGGCACUAAGAGCAAGAGUACUAGCACCCAGCGACGCAGCCGAGCAGCGUUCAAAAUGAAUUGCCCCAUUCUGAUUGUAAUUAGCCUGGGAUGGCUGUUGCACGCGCACACCGGAAGCGGUGGAGGCGUGGCCGAGGCCGCCAUUUCAAAUCGAGCCAGUACCAGCAGCCGCUCCAUGAGCAACGUGGCACAAUCUGCAUCAUCCGCAUCCUCAUCGCUGACCGCCCCCCAGCCGCGGUUCAUGUCCCGCGGACACACCUACCGCGCCGUCGUCGGGGACACCCUCGUCCUGCCCUGCCAGGUGGAAAAUCUGGGCAAUUUCGUCCUUCUGUGGCGACGGGGAACAAAUGUGCUCACUGCCUCCAACAUCAUGGUUACAAGGGAUGAGCGCGUAAGACUGAUAGAUGGUUAUAAUUUGGAGAUAUCCGAUUUGGAGCCCCAAGAUGCCGGGGAUUAUGUUUGUCAAAUCAGUGACAAAAUAAAUCGCGAUCAAGUCCACACUGUUGAGAUAUUGGUUCCGCCCAGUGUACGGGCCAUCCCCACAUCCGGACAACUGCAGGCCCGCAAAGGGGGACCCAUUACGCUGGAGUGCAAGGGAUCCGGUAAUCCGGUGCCAUCCAUUUACUGGACCAAGAAGAGCGGAGCGAACAAGUCCACGGCCCGCAUCGGCGACGGACCGAUUCUGACCCUGGAGAAGCUGGAACGACAACAGGCGGGCGUCUAUCAGUGUACUGCCGACAAUGGAGUGGGCGAUCCUGUGACAGUCGACAUGCGUCUGGAUGUGCUGUAUCCCCCGGAUAUACAAGUGGAAAAGUCCUGGAUACACUCGGGCGAAGGAUUCGAGGCGAAGCUCGUUUGCAUUGUUUACGCUGAUCCAGUCGCAACGGUGUCCUGGUACCAGAACUCAUUUCCGAUCCAAUCCACCGACAGACGCAUCAUGAACUCCCGGGGCAACCGCCACACACUCAACAUCCGUCACAUUCAGCAGGAGGACUUUGGCAACUACAGCUGCGUGGCGGACAACUCUUUGGGACGGUCGCGAAAGUACAUGGAGCUGUCGGGAAGACCCGGACCCGCAGAAUUUUACUCACCCAAGUGGGGUCGUUCGCCGGACAGCUACAAUCUGACCUGGAAAAUCGAUAGCUACCCGCCGCUGGAGGAGGUGCGCCUACUUUACCGUCGAGUUCUGAUGAACGAUACCUACCAGCAGCCGGGCAGGUGGCACGACUUCAUUCUCACCCCAGAGCAUCGUCCUGCCUCAGAACCCCUCACACACAUCAUGUCCUACACCAUCAGGAAUCUGCAUCCGGGCGCUUACUACGAGGCAAUUGUGCAGGCCAAGAAUCGGUAUGGCUGGAAUGAGGUCAGCGAUAUAUUUCAAUUUAUCGUAGCCACCAACGGCCAGGAGAACCCCCCCGAAGAUGCCGAGGUGCUGGCCAGUUCCAAGUCGCGCAGCAACAGCGGGGCCGCCGGCAACCGGUCAGGACUACAACUCCAGAGCCUGCUCCUCCACACGGGUCUGCUCCUGGCCCUGGCCUUGAGUAAUUGUCAGUUCGACAGACGUCGGCAGGGCCGGGGGUAAGCAGUCAACUUUGACCCCACCCACCACCAGACACUUGGCGUGGGACAUUGCAGCUCAAGGGCCAACCCAGUAACCCAGGCUAGUUCGGCGAUAUUUUCGAAUCGGUCUGACUGCAGUACGAUUACCAAAGAGCAACUGAAUGCGUCAAGCCCGAAAACUAGAGGAAAAUUAAGCAACACCCCAUUGGAGAUGAGAAAGAAACUGCAGUGAAAUAAAUGCAACCCGUGUAAAUAAUUUUUCAAGCGUUUUGUCCACGAUUAAAUUAGCACACACACUCACAUCAAGCCGGAAAAUGGUUAAUGGAAAUUGCAAUUUGAGAAUGCAAUGCCAGUCCCCAGAACCUAGCCCCCGAUUCAGUCCCCAGCUCAGCCCAGCCCUUCUCCAAACAUCCCCACGGUAGUUUAAGCCACUCGAACUAGGUCAUGUAAAUAAGCAUUAGAUAUCUGAAUGUGAACCACAUUUUACUUCAUAAAAUGUCGGGCUGCAACGCCCUAUGCAGGAUGUGUAUGUAAAUUAAGCAAACAUUAUAUAGUGAUAUUAUUUAGUUUCAAACGAAACCAUAAAUAACAAAAUAUUGAAACGAAAUAAAAUGCAGAAAACAACACCGCAUAACAUUAUGGAGUGUAAAGUAUUUUCUACGUUUGUGUUUCGGUUUGUUUUUGAUUCGUCCUGGAUUGCCAUUCCUUUGAUUGCAGCUGCACUCUUAUUUUAGUUUGUAAGCGCACCAAUAACCAAAAGAUAACACAGCAUACCGCAACUUCAAUGUAAUGUUUUUCAAUGUAAAUUAGAUUUUAAGCAAACAUGUUGUACCACCAAAAAGAUAAAAACCAAAAACCAAAACUAAGAAAUGCAAGCAAAACUGCAAACAAAACUAAGCUAGUCCUUCCAUUCGUGGAAUAUUAGUGGAAAUAUUUGAAUGUGAAUUUUUGCAUACAUAUUAACGGCGCGCGGCGCAAGCCACUCGACUUUUGGGUCAAAAGCCAGAGGGUCGCCAGUGUCACCUGUAAAUACAUGAAUACGCUACUUAUUGAGUGUUACGAACCCAGCAGGCAUUUUAUCAGCUUUUGCACCUUUUCCGAUUGUACGGUUCGGUUUGGGGCCGUACCGUUUCAUUUAGGGCACACAAUAGAGGUCAAAGCUCACUUGUAUAUUUUAGCAUGCUCUCGAACUCGUAUACAACUCCUGUAUUUAGUCGAACAAAGCCAAAAAAAAAACAGAUACCAAAAACAAAAACCUUAAAAGAAAAAAAAUUAAAAACCAAGCAAAUACAAAGAGUUACAAUUUAUCUACAUAAAUGUGUAUGUGUGUGUACCUUACAUAGCCAGUCGAGUGCAGGAGGAAUCGUAUGCAUUACUCAGAUUAUACAGUUAGAGCCCAGGACAUGGAGUGGAGUGCCACAAGUGGAAGCCUGAUGACCAGUAAAAGGUGAUCGAUGGCACAUGAAACUCUGCAACCGAGUCCGCGGGGAACCUACUUACAAGUAUAGUUCAGAUAAACCAGAAAUAGCGAGGCGCGUGCGCAGUACGUGUUCAUUAAAAGAGAAUUCAUUAAUUACUAACUACCUAGUACGAUGCUAAUUGUAUGAUUAAUGCGCAUAAGAAACCCUAAAUUAUUCAAAAAUAAAAUAAAGCAUUAGAUGUAAACUAA